AUUCGCCUUCCACCUGAAGUAAACCGAAUUUUGUAUAUAAGAAAUUUGCCAUACAAAAUUACAGCUGAAGAAAUGUAUGAUAUAUUUGGGAAAUAUGGACCUAUUCGUCAAAUCAGAGUGGGGAACACACCUGAAACUAGAGGAACAGCUUAUGUAGUCUAUGAAGACAUCUUUGAUGCCAAGAAUGCAUGUGACCACCUAUCAGGAUUCAACGUUUGUAACAGAUAUCUUGUGGUCUUGUACUACAAUGCCAACAGGGCAUUUCAGAAGAUGGACACCAAGAAGAAGGAGGAACAGUUAAAGCUUCUCAAGGAGAAAUAUGGUAUCAACACAGAUCCCCCAAAAUAAUUGUUUUUGCAUUUUUAUUUUGGACUAAAGCCCAUGAAUGACCACCACCACCUUUUUUUUAAUUAAUACUGAAUAUUGUGAUUUCUUAUUUGAGAUUUAAAAUGACUUGCUUGAGCCUUUGAUACGUAUUAGAAUAUAUUAUGUUAAUAAAUACAGCUUUUUAUAAAA